AUACGAAACUUUAUUUUGAAUCUGAAUUUGGGAAUCUUAAGAAAAAAAGGCAAUUUAUAAUAACCUCAUGGAGAUCAGCAUUAAGUGGAGCAUGUGCCGCACCUGCACGACUGAGAGGUGCUCCACACUGCGGCCGCUGUUUGAAUCCGAAGCCGUCAAGCAUUUGAAUCAGCAUGCCGGCCUGGUUGUAGAACAGAACGAUGGUUUGCCCGAUCAGAUAUGCGCGGAUUGUGUUGAUAAACUGGAACAGGCCCACCGCUUCUUUAAGAUGUGCAAGCGUUCCGAUGAGCACCUAAGGAAUCUCGUGAGCAAAACCAUGUCCUCGGCUGCGAGUCUCAAGACAACGAGCGUCACUGAUACAUCCCCUCCGAUCCAAAGAAAGCGGGCCAGAAAGCAAGAGGUCAGUGCACAGACAUGCAUUUCCUUUCAGGACUAUGAUACUCCCAACGAAACCCUUAAAAAGGAGGAAAACAGAGUGGACUUUGUGGAGAAAUCGGAAGCGGAUGAACUUUUGCCCAUAGAUAAGUCUCUCUCGACAGAAGAGGAGAAUAGACUAGUUUUUGAUGAGGAAUACAUCAUUAUGAAUACGGAAGAGCGGAUCUAUGAUAAUGACUUUGAAGCCACCUCCUCCCAGGGCAGUUCCAUAGCCAUACACAACGGAGCGUGCUCGCAGGAGGCUAGCGAAGAAGAGAGUUUCGGGCAAAAGUCAGAUACCGCCUCUGAGGACCAGCACAAGUGCGAAAUCUGCAGCAAGACGCAUCCUAAUACUUCCCAGCUCAAGUCCCACAUGCGGAAGCAUCUCAAUGAAAAGAGCUAUGAGUGCGAGGUCUGCGGUAGACGCUUCAACGCUGCCUGCAACCUGACUUCUCACAUGCGAACCCACACGGGCGAGAAACCCUUCAUAUGCGCCUACUGUGAGCGCCGGUUUGCCGAUCAUAGUAGUCAUCGCAAGCACGAACGGAUACACACUAAUGAGCGCCCUUACGCCUGCAACAUUUGCGGAAAAGCCUUUGCCUUGUCCACCUCUCUUAAGGCGCACUAUAUGACACAUUCCUCCGAAAAGCCCUACAAAUGUCAGCCCUGUUCGAAGUCAUUCCGCCUGAAGCAUCAACUGACGGCGCACGAGAAGACGGAUGCGCAUCGCAUGGGCUGCGGCGGAUUAGACAGCUAGCUUAAUAAGUACAAAGAAUACCAUAAAAUAUGGUAAACAAUUCAUCUGUUUCAUAUAAUCUCUUAAGAAUACUUGUAACUAACUUAAACUAAGCAUAAAACGUAGGACCU